AAGAAAUAUUCUGUAGUGACUGUAUCCUUCCUUCUACACAAGCCAGCAAGCUACAUCCAGCAAGAGGAAUGGGAGAAAGCAACACCAGUGCAGGGUUUCUGGCCCGAAACACCUCAGCCUCGACAAUGACACCCACAACAACAAAUUCAAUGAACGAAACCAUCCCUGGAAGUAUUGACAUCGAGACCCUGAUCCCAGACUUGAUGAUCAUCAUCUUCGGACUGGUCGGGCUGACAGGAAAUGCGAUUGUGUUCUGGCUCCUUGGCUUCCGCAUGCACAGGACUGCCUUCUUAGUCUACAUCCUAAACUUGGCCCUGGCUGACUUCCUCUUCCUUCUCUGUCACAUCAUAAAUUCCACAGUGGAUCUUCUCAAGUUUACCCUACCCAAAGGAAUUUUUGCCUUUUGUUUUCACACUAUCAAAAGGGUUCUCUAUAUCACAGGCCUGAGCAUGCUCAGUGCCAUCAGCACUGAGCGCUGCCUGUCUGUCCUGUGCCCCAUCUGGUAUCACUGCCGCCGCCCAGAACACACAUCAACUGUCAUGUGUGCUGUGAUCUGGGUCCUGUCCCUGUUGAUCUGCAUUCUGGAUGGUUAUUUCUGCGGUUACUUAGAUAACCAUUAUUUCAAUUACUCUGUGUGUCAGGCAUGGGACAUCUUUAUCGGAGCAUACCUGAUGUUUUUGUUUGUAGUCCUCUGUCUGUCCACCCUGGCUCUACUGGCCAGGUUGUUCUGUGGUGCUAGGAAUAUGAAAUUUACCAGAUUAUUCGUGACCAUCAUGCUGACCGUUUUGGUUUUUCUUCUCUGUGGGUUGCCCUGGGGCAUCACCUGGUUCCUGUUAUUCUGGAUUGCACCUGGUGUGUUUGUACUAGAUUAUAGCCCUCUUCUGGUCCUAACUGCUAUUAACAGCUGUGCCAACCCCAUUAUUUACUUCUUCGUGGGCUCCUUCAGGCAACGGUUGAAUAAACAGACCCUCAAAAUGGUUCUCCAGAAAGCCCUGCAGGACACUCCUGAGACACCUGAAAACAUGGUGGAGAUGUCAAGAAACAAAGCAGAGCCGUGAUGAAGAGCCUCUGCCUAGACUUCAGAGGUGGAUUUGGAGUGAGCACUGCCCUGCUGCACUUGACCACUGUCCACUCUCCUCUCAGCUUACUGACUUGACAUGCCUCACUGGUCCACCAACACCUUCCAAAGCUCUCCACUGACUUAGUAUUUAUACCUCUCCCAAACAAUAGCAUUAUUCAAAAACUAUAAUUUCUGCAUCCUUCUUUACAUUAAUAAAAUUCCCAUACUAAGUUCA